AUGACCAACUUUGUGCCUGCGCUUGCUGUCGCUCAUGGGGUCGCUACCCAUCUGUUUUACUUCAAACAUGGAGAGCGGCAUGCCCAUCCCUGGCGAUACGUUGCCGUUCUCCUUGCCGCCUUCGCCACUUUCUGGAGCUUGAAAUGGCACCGUGGUGACCUGUCUGUUCUGGAGGCUGGCGCUUCAACCUCCUGGCUCACGUUUCUGUAUCUCACUGGGCUCUCGUCAAGCGUCAUCAUUUUUCGUCUAUUCUUCAAUCCCUUAAAUCGAUUUCCAGGGCCAUUCGCCGCCAGGUUGUCCAAGCUCUACUUUGUGUACCUGAGUUCUAAUCUUCUCGGACACCAUGAGCUCAAUAAACUUCACGAGAAAUACGGCCGAUUUGUUCGGAUCGGGCCAAAUGACCUAUCGGUUGUCGACCCCGACGGCAUGAAAAUCGUGCUUGGUCCGAACUCAAAGUGCACCAAGUCGGCCUGGUACGGGCAAGACGCACCGUAUAUCUCGACCAACACGACACGGGAUCGAAACGCCCACGACAGACGGCGCCGACUUCUCAACGCUGCAUUUAGCGACAAGGCGCUUCAGGGGUACGCCGUGCGAGUGCAAAAGUUUCACGACAUGCUCACUUCGCAAAUCGACUCAUCAGACGGAAAGCCCAUGAACGUUACCAGAUGGUUUGGUUACUGGGGAAUGGACAUGAUGUGCGACAUCGUCUUCAACGGUUCAUUUAACAUGCUGGCAAGCGGCGAGACCCACUGGGCUCUCAAAGUACUUGGUGACGGCUUACAUCUCCAGGGGUUUGCCUUUCCGCCUUGGCUCUAUCGGGUCUUCGCGACGAUGCCCAAGGCAAGUACGGGAAACAAGGGGCUCGCAACGUUCUCUGCCGGGCAAUUGGAGAAUCGUAUGAAACAGCAAGGCAAAACAGCUCACCCGGAUGUGAUGCAUCCGCUCAUCGACUACUAUGAGCGACAGGGCCCCGACGCGCAAAAGACCAUCCUGCCCAUGCUACAGGGAGACUCUCGCAUGCUGAUUGUCGCAGGAAGUGAUACGACGUCGACGACGUUGACUCACAUGUUUUACCGCUUCUGCACCGAACAGGGCCUUGUUGAGCGCGUUCGGAGGGAGGUUGAACCCCUUGUUGCAAACCCGACCGAGAUUCAGUAUAAAGAGGUCCGGCAUGCACAGUUACUACACGGAUGUAUAAAUGAGACUCUACGGAUGCACUAUCCUGGGCCGUCUGGAUUCUUCCGGAAGACGCCCAGUGAAGGCAUCCACGUUGGCGAUGUGUACAUACCAAAGGAUACCAUUAUCCAGCUGCCUCCUCAUGUCAUGGCUCUAGAUGAGAACGUAUACGAGCGAUGCCGAGACUUCGUACCCGAACGAUGGUAUUCACACCCCGAGAUGAUCAAGCAUAAGGAUGCAUUCAUGCCAUUCCUGGCGGGUUCUGAGUCUUGCAUCGGAAAGAACCUUGCAUAUAUCCAGCUGGCUGUUGUCGCAUCCCAGAUUCUGUUGCAAUUCGACGUCGCCUUUGCCCCAGGUGAGGAUGGAAGCACGUUAAUCAGGGAAUCCAAGGACCUAGGCAUGCUCCAUCCGGCCAAGUUGGAUCUUGUCUUUACUCGGAGAAACAAGGCCGAAUCCUCUUGA